UGAAGCCUAGUUUGACGUAGCCAUGGCAACCUAGAUCUGAGUACUACGCGACGUAUUAUUUUGGAGCCGCUUAAACGUGACCUAUUUUAUGUUUAUAAACUUCUGACCGCAGGCUAAAACACUGAAGUGAACUCCAAGAUCGAGGAAAGUUUAUAUAUUUGUUUUAAAUGUGCCUAAAUUGAUUCGCACUGAACGCAAACAGCUGGAUGUACGUCCCAAUGAAUGAAGUUGGCUCGUCGUUAUUAGAAAAGUCCAACUUUAUUUACCUCUAAAACGCGACAAUCUCAGCUGUUAACUACGUUUGUUUACAUUUCUAUUUUGACAAAGUAGUCUGCGUGUAACAGUAAGACAUGGCCACUGUUGUUGCCCAGUCCAAUUUCAUCUUCGGCUUACGGAAAGGGGUGACCAAUAACUUGUGUUUCCUCGACGACCAAACCGUGGUCUUCCCCAGUGGAAACAACUGUAUCCGUUACAACAUCGACCAGAAAUGGCAGAAGUUCAUCCCAGGCACAGAGAGGAGCCUGGGCUUGCAGGCCAUGGCUCUCAGUGCUAACCGCCGCUACCUGGCGGUCUCGGAGAGCGGGGAGAAGCCCACCAUCACCGUGUACGACCUCACGCACGAGCAGGGCCGCAAGAGGAAGCUCCUGACCGCCGGCGACGGCCCGGCCGGAGAGUUCCUCUGCAUGGCCUUCUCCCCCAACUCCAAGUACCUGGUCGGCCAAUCAGGAGGCCCGACCUGGACCCUGGUGUUGUGGCUUUGGGAGAGGCAGAAGGUGCUGGCCACGGUCAGCAGCAGUGAUGGGGACCCCGUGAGCCAGGUGAGCUUCAACCCCCUGGACGACACCCAGUUGUGCGUGAGCGGGCCGGGCCUCGUGUGUCUCCUCAACUACCGCGAGGGCGUCCUGAAGCGGCAGAGCCCGGCCAAGGUGAAGGGCGUGGCCGUGCUGUGCCACGCCUGGGUGUCCGGCACACGCGUGGUCGCCGGCACGGACCAGGGCCGCCUGCUGAUGGUCGAGGCUGGGGACCUGCGCUGGGACCUGGACGCCUGGACCAGACCCGCCCAACUGCUGGAGACCAGACACACUGACAACAAGCCGCCAAGAGAAGCCAGAGUGGAGGGAACCGCCGCCUCCUCGAGCGGCGAGGGCCCCGGGACCAGCCCCCCCUGCGGCGAGGGCCCCGGGACCAGCCCCCCCUGCGGCGCGGGCCCCGGGGCCACCCCCCCCAGCGGAGAGGGCCGCGGGGUCACCGCCAUCCUGGCCUACUCCAAGGGCUUCAUGUGCUCCGUGGGGCCCGGGACCGUCUGCGUGUUUGAGAACACGGAGGAGAUGGACAGCUACCGCAAGACCCGGGAGCUCCUGAUCCCCCCCGACCCGUGCUCCUACGAGCCCGGCCGAGCCCAGCAGCAGCAGGUGGCCACGCUGUGCCUCAGCCCCGGGGAGGAUACCCUGGCCCUCAGCACCCUGCAGGGACAGCUCUACGCCAUCAACCUGAUCUCCACAGAGAUCAGCAGGGGGGAGCCAGCGCAUUUCGAGUUCCUGUCCAGCUCCUUCCAUACCAAGUCCAUCACGGGCCUGUCCGUCUGCAUCCGCAAGCCGCUGGUGGCCAGCUGCUCCCUCGACCGCUCGGUCCGCGUGAACUACGACACCAAUGUGCUGGAGCUCUACAAGGAGUUCCAGGAGGAGGCCCUCAGCGUGUCUCUGCACCCCUCCGGCCUCUUCCUGCUGGUGGGGUUCACCGACAAGCUGAGGGUGAUGAACCUGCUGAUCGACGACAUCCGCACCGUCAAGGAGUUCACCCUGCGGGGCUGCCCAGAGGUGAGGGCAUGUGGGGGUGCAUCUGUGUGCUUCUGUGUGGGUGUGUUUGUGUGUGUGUGUGUGUGUGUGUGUGUGUGUGUGUGUGUGUGUGUGUGUGUGUGUGUGUGUGUGUGUGUGUGUGUGUGUGUGUGGUGUGUGAGGCAGAACCCCCCCGGGCUGGUCAGGGACCCUCCUGCUGCUGACCCCCCCGGGCUGGUCAGGGACCCUCCUGCUGCUGACCCCCCCGGGGUGGUCAGGGACCCUCCUGCUGCUGACCCCCCCGGGGUGGUCAGGGACCCUCCUGCUGCUGACCCCCCCGGGCUGGUCAGGGACCCUCCUGCUGCUGACCCCCCCGGGGUGGUCAGGGACCCUCCUGCUGCUGACCCCCCCUCCCUGGUCAGGGACCCUGCUGCUGACCCCCCCUCCCUGGUCAGGGACCCUGCUGCUGACCCCCCCUCCCUGGUCAGGGACCCUGCUGCUGACCCCCCCUCCCUGGUCAGGGACCCUGCUGCUGACCCCCCCCGGGGUGGUCAGGGACCCUGCUGCUGA